AUGAAAGGCUCCGUCCUCUCCGCUCUCUCAGCCAUCGUCCUGGCGGCAGCCGGUGUCCAUGCUAGAGUUACUAUAACUCAGCAACUGCCACCGGUGGACCCACGACUCCCACAGCUGAACCUCUCCGGGCUCGAAGUCCCACUUGAUCUGCGAGCGCCAGAAGAGGCGUUCAGGAUCGAGGAACGCAAGGAGUCACCACAGGUAGAGAUGAAGGAUGGGUCUUUAAUCAAGGGCUCUGUCCUUGGCGGUGUCGAGUCUUUCAAGGGCAUCCCCUUUGCGGAACCACCAGUCGGCGACCUGCGCAUGAGGCCUCCUGUGCGACUGAAGAAGCCCCUCGGCAAAUUCGACGCUUCCAUGAUUAUCCCGCCGCAAUGCCCACAGUUCAUCUUCUCCACCGUGAGUGGCGGUUUGUUGACACAGGUCCUCGGAAACCUGAUCAACAAGGGGCUUUUCCAAAAGGUCCUGGACGCGACCGAGGACUGCUUGAACAUCAACGUGCAGAGGCCCAAAGGUGUCAAGGCUGGUGACAAGCUGCCUGUACUAUUCUGGAUUUUCGGCGGUGCUUUCGAGCUUGGCAGCAACGCCAUGUACUCUGGCACCCCGAUUCUUGAGAGGGCCGUGAAGCAAGGCCAACCCUUCAUCUUCGUGGCUGUAAACUACCGCGUGGGAGGUUUUGGCUUUAUGCCAGGCGAGGAGAUCUUGGCUGAGGGAUCCGCAAACGCUGGGCUGCUGGACCAGCGCAUGGGCAUGGAGUGGGUUGCCGACAACAUCGAGGCGUUCGGCGGCGAUCCCGACAAGGUCACCAUCUGGGGCGAGUCUGCCGGCGCCAUCUCGGUGUUUGACCAGAUGGCCCUGUACGAUGGCAACGCUACUUACAAGGGCAAGCCACUCUUCCGCGGCGCCAUCAUGAACUCUGGCAGCAUCAUCCCUGCUGAUCGGGUCGACUGCCCCAAGGGCAAGGUGGUCUACAACACAGUCGUCAAGGCGGGUGGUUGCUCGGGUCGAAGUGAUACGCUGAAAUGCCUCCGCGAGCUCCCUUACGACAAAUUCCUCAAGGCAGCCAACGCGCCCCCGGCCUUUCUGGGUUACAACUCGGUCGCGCUGUCAUAUCUCCCCAGGCCUGAUGGCAAGGUUCUCACUGCCAGCCCUGACGUUCUGGUCCUUGGGAAGCGGUACUACCCCGUCCCCAUGAUCAUUGGCGACCAGGAGGAUGAGGGAACGUUUUUCUCCCUCGUCCAGACCAACAUCACUACUACCGAGAAGCUCGUCACCUAUCUCAGCGAGAUCUUCUUCCCAGCAACUGAUAUCAACAAGAUCAAAGGUCUGGUGAACGCAUAUCCCGAAGACCCGCGCGAGGGCUCGCCGUUCCGCACCGGUACAUCGAAUCAGGUCUACCCUCAAUUCAAGCGUCUUUCCGCCAUCCUGGGCGACAUCACUUUCACCUUGACUCGUCGGCUGUUCCUCUUUGCCUCCGCGACCCUGAACCCGGACGUCCCCUCGUGGUCAUACCUGUCCAGCUACGACUACGGCACCCCCAUCGUGGGCACGUUCCACGGCAGCGAUCUCUUGCAGAUCUUUUACGGAAUCCUCCCCAACUACGCGAGCAGGACCACCGUCUCCUACUAUACCAACUUUCUGUACAACCUGGACCCCAACAAGGGCAUCAAGGACAUAAUGUACUGGCCCAAAUGGAGUGAGAAGCAGGAGCUGAUGAACUUUUUUGCCAACAAUGCCAAGUUGAUCCCGGACAACUUUAGAAACGAGAGCUACAACUUUCUGCUGGCCAACUUCCUCAGCUUUUAUAUUUAA